UCUCAGAAGAAAACCAUAGAAAUUAGCCCCCUACCCCUACCCCUCGAGAAAGAAAGCCCUAGGGUGCUGGUUAUUUCUGUGAUUAUUUUCUCUUCUUCAAGUUCGAGAAAAGGCCAUUGCCAAUCCCUCGACAAAGAAAAGCACAAAUCAGUACUGAAAAACAAGAUUUGAUUUGAUUAACAAGAUUUUGAUUAAAGUAUCAGAAAUUAUCGAUAUUUUCGCAAAGGAUUGGUCGGAAUAAUCAAGACUCUGCCAUCGUUUACAGCAAAACGAUCAAAAGUUACAAAAUACUCUAUGCAAUGCAAAUCAUGGCGUCUUGUGAGCUACCAAAAUCAUCCAAAUACCAAAGAUUACUUCAACAGUAUUUCAGCGAUCAAAAAAGAGAGGCGAAGGCAGAGAAAACAUAAAAACUGGUGGAUACUGCAUCCAUUCAGUGCCCUAAGAUUUGUCUGGGAGACAGUCAUGACAUUCAUCUACGGGAUUUCAUUCUUGACGAUUCCUUUUAUGACGAGUUUUGUCGUUUUUGAUUAUGAUGCUGUGAGACUUGACAACAUCAACAUAUUUAUUUACGUCUUUUUUUGGAUAAAUAUUGUGGUGAAUUGCAUCACUGGAGUUUAUGUACAGGAAGAAAGGAGAGUUUCCUUUGAUCACAGCGUUAUUUUAAACAAAUAUCUCAGAAGUUAUUUACUACUUGACAUUGUAACAUCAAUAUCUUAUGACCAUUUGACUCACCAAUGGAGAACAGUACCGGGUCCAGGGUCGUCCCUUCCCACAGUUCUGCUUAAUCUCAUCCCCAUUCUCAAGAUAUUUAGAUACAUGACAUUUCAUUGUUAUGCUUCUCAAUUAUUUAGAUAUUUCCAAAUAAAGGAUUUUACACAUCGGAUGAUCAGCAUAUUAGCUUUGUCAUUCUACGUUGUCCACUGGUUCGCCUGUUUUUGUUAUCUUACGGCUGUGAUUGUUAUGCACGUCCAGCAGGUUUCUGUAAAGGAGUGCUCAUGUUGGCUAGCCAAGUUGGAAAAUGAGGGAAUCCCCGCUCGCUUUCAUCACGCUCUCUUUAUUGUCCUUGAAAAUUUUGUCGCCAGUGGUUUCGGGGGAAUAGAGCCAAACUUCGAAGGUCAAAUGAUUAUAUGCACAGUCCUGAUGAUCUUGGGAAGACUUUUCGAGGCUUACAUCAUCAUUAUGUUCCUGCAAAUACAGAGUGAUAAGAAAGCGGCCCAAUCAAAAUACCAAGAGACGAUGAACCAAAUAGCAGCUUACACUCGACAGAAGCAGCUGCCAUCGCACAUGAAGAGACGAUUAGAGGAUUAUUACUCUUUUAGAUUUCGAAAUGCUUACUUCAGGGAGCGAAAGAUAUUAUCCAGUUUAUCAAGUCGAUUAUUCGAGGAAAUAAUUUUGCAUUCCUGCCGACGACUUGUAGAGAACGUAAUUCUCUUCAAGGAUCUACCGACUGUAACCAUAUCCGCAAUCGUUUCAACUUUAAAAUUCGAGCUGUAUCUGCCGGACGAUGUGAUCGUGAAGGCGGGAACUCAGGGGGAUUGCAUGUAUUUUUUAAGCAGCGGAACUGUGGCUGUUUUCACUCCCACCGGUCAAGAAGUUUGUCACCUAGAGGAAGGGGCGCAUUUUGGUGAAGUUGCCCUAUUAGUUCAGGAUCAAAGGCGAGUUGGGACAGUUAUAGCAAUUGAAGUCUGUGAGGUCUACAAGUUGGAACGUCGUAAUUUCCGUAAAUGCAUCGCCGGCCACACAAAACUAUUCGAACGAAUCGAACGCAUCGCAACUGAGCGGAUGGAUCGAACAAUUAUGAUUGAAGAGCAGCACAAGCGAUUUCCUAUGUCACUAAAACGAUAAUAUCAGUCUUUAGACCCUCAAUCGAGUGUAAUACUUCAUCUUCUGGCAUUCGUAUGGCAAUAACUUGGGUGAAUUGUCCACUGUCUUGACGAAAUUGAUUGUUCAUGUUGACACACUGUUGCCAAGACGUUCU